AUGGCCGGGCAGAAGAGAACCAAACAGCCGUUUUGGCUUGGCGGGGCCGCCGCCUCCAUGGCAGUGUGCUUCACGCACCCUUUAGAUGUCACAAAAUACCGGAUGCAGGUCCUCCAGACGCGUGCCCCAAUGCUCUCGACCCUCUACACGUUCGCCCUUCGUGACGGGAUCCCCUCUCUCUGGUCCGGCCUCUCGGCCUCCAUCCUCCGCCAGUCCACCUACUCGACCGCCCGGUUUGGGCUGUAUAACGUCCUGUCCCGUCAAGUCCAACAGAAGUCGGGAACCUCCAAGCUCUCCACCGCAUCCACCGUUGCGUGUGCCGGAGUGGCCGGUGGUUUGGCGGGUAUGAUUGGGAACCCGACAGAGGUCAUCCUCGUCCGCAUGUGCGCCGACGCUGCCAAGCCGACGACCGAACGCUUCCGCUACUACGACGCCGUGACCGGGCUGUAUCGAAUUGGCAAGGAGGAAGGAAUUAGGGUCUUUGGAAGGGGCCUGGAGGCGAAUAUCGUGCGGAGUGUGAUAAUGAACGUGUCCCAGAUCGCGCCAUAUGCCGUAGCAAAACACGCGAUCCUCUCGCGGACAAGGCUGCAAGACGACAUCCGUACACAUGCACUCGCAUCCCUGUUCGCCGGAACGGUGGCCACAACGGCAUGCGCCCCUGCGGAUGUGCUCAAGAGCAGAAUACAGAGCGCCGCGAAUGGGUCAAGCGUAAUGCAGGUCAUAAGGGAAGGACUCGGCCGUGAAGGUCCAAUGUUCUUGAUGAAAGGGUGGACGCCUGCUUGGCUUCGGUUGACGUAUGUUGCUCGACCCUCCCCGAGACUUGUACGUCCGACUAACGGGUAG